GCUAGGGGGGGAGCACAAUCCACUGUCCAGAUGCAGCGCCUCUGACUUGCUGACAUCACGGCCUCAUUAGCAUGCAGGGGAUGGGAGCACUGCAACAGCAAUGAUUCUCGCUCAGCAAGCUCCCGAGCUGACAAUUAUUCUGCGAUGAGCUACGUGGAUCCUCGUUAAACGGCUUGGGCUCGGGCUCAGCUCCGGCUGGCGGAGCAGAGCGGAGCCAGUGUUCUCACUGCCUCUGCUGCCGCCCAGGGCCGCUCAGCGAAGAAGGCUAUAGGCAAGGAGGGGGCCGUGGGAUUCAUUUGGAAAAGCUCGGGAGCCCUAGGCAGAGCCGGCGCGGCUCCUGCUGCUGGCUUCCCGGCCGGCCGGAUUUCUCUGAGGAGCCUCGCUCUACUUUAGACGUGUGUGGCUUUACCGGGGCGCCGUUCCGCGUUUCAAGUCGGGAAAGGCUCGCUGGGAGGGGAAACAAGAUGCUUCAUUCCGCUGGAGGCUGGUUCGCUUUCUUGGAAGUCGGACGCCAGAGGAAAGUGUCCCGGCCCAACCACUGACCGGCGGGAGGGACACUGGACAACUUGCUCCUUCGCCUGGCAUCCUCGCCCUCCCUGGAGGAAGAUCUGUCUGCACUGCAAGUGUCCCCAGGAGGAGCACAUCGUGACGGUGAUGCCUUUGGAAAUGGAGAAGACGGUCAGCAAGCUCAUGUUUGAUUUCCAGAGGAACUCGACCUCCGACGAUGACUCGGGCUGUGCCUUGGAGGAGUACGCCUGGGUCCCACCGGGGCUGAAGCCCGAACAGGUUCACCAGUAUUACAGCUGCCUCCCAGAAGAGAAGGUGCCCUAUGUCAAUAGUCCUGGAGAAAAACUGAGGAUUAAACAGCUCCUCCAUCAGCUACCUCCACAUGACAAUGAGGUUCGAUAUUGUAAUUCUCUGGAUGAGGAGGAGAAGAGAGAGCUCAAACUUUUCAGCAACCAAAGGAAACGGGAGAAUUUGGGCCGAGGAAAUGUCAGGCCAUUUCCCGUCACUAUGACGGGGGCCAUUUGUGAACAGUGUGGAGGCCAGAUUAAUGGAGGUGACAUAGCUGUAUUUGCAUCAAGAGCCGGUCAUGGAGUGUGUUGGCACCCAUCAUGCUUCAUGUGCACAGUUUGUAAUGAGCUCCUGGUGGACCUGAUCUAUUUCUACCAAGAUGGGAAGAUGUACUGCGGCAGGCACCAUGCUGAAUGCCUGAAACCUCGUUGUGCAGCCUGUGAUGAGAUCAUCUUUGCAGACGAAUGCACAGAGGCUGAGGGCCGCCACUGGCACAUGAAGCAUUUCUGCUGUUUUGAGUGUGAAGCGGUGCUAGGUGGUCAGCGCUACAUCAUGAAGGAGGGGAGACCCUACUGCUGCCGCUGCUUUGAAUCCCUCUAUGCCGAGUACUGCGAUGCCUGCGCCCAGCACAUAGGCAUCGACCAAGGUCAGAUGACAUAUGACGGGCAGCACUGGCACGCCACCGAAACUUGCUUCUGCUGUGCUCACUGCAAGAAAUCUCUCCUGGGGCGUCCCUUCCUGCCGAAGCAAGGCCAGAUCUUCUGCUCACGGGCUUGUAGUGCUGGAGAGGACCCCAAUGGCUCCGACUCAUCGGAUUCUGCGUUUCAGAAUGCCAGGGCCAAGGAGUCCCGGCGAAGCGCCAAAAUCGGUAAGAAUAAAGGCAAGGCGGAGGAGUCCCUGUUGAACCCGUGCGGCCAGCUGCAGGUGACCCCCAACCGGCUCUCGGCCGAUGUGGACCCCCUGUCCCUGCAGAUGGAUCUGCUCAGCCUGUCGAGCCAGACGCCCAGCCUCAACAGGGAGCACAUCUGGCGCAGCCGGGAUGAGCUGUACCACUACGGGAACAAGAUGGAGCAGAGCCCGUCUCAGAGCCCCAUGCAGCUCCUCAGCCAGUGUAACAUGAGAACUUCCUACAGCCCGGGACAGGUGGCCGGGGCUCAGCCCGACGUGUGGGGGAAGCAUUUCGGCAACCCCAAGAGGAGCUCGUCCCUGGCCAUGAAGGGGCACGGCGGGAGCUUCAUGAAGGAGUGUCGGGAGGACUACUACCCGGCCAGGCUGCGCUCCCAGGAGAGCUACAGCGACAUGUCCAACCAGAGCUUCAGCGAGCCCCGAGCCAAUCUCAAAGUCCCCAAGUACGAGGAGGAGGAGGAGGAAGGCGGCAUGUCCUCCCAGCCCUGUCGCACCCGCCAUCCGCUCAGUGCAAUGAAGUACACGGAGGAUCUGACCCCUACGGAGCAGACGCCCCGGGGCUCCAUGGAGUCUCUGGCGCUGUCCAACGCAACAGGUCUCUCUGCUGAUGGUGGCGCCAAGCGUCAGGAGCAUCUUUCCCGCUUUUCCAUGCCCGAUCUGAGCAAAGACUCAGGGAUGAACGUCUCAGAGAAACUGAGCAACAUGGGGACCCUCAACUCCUCCAUGCAGUUCCGGAGCGCGGAGUCCGUUCGCAGCCUGCUCUCCGCCCAGCAGUACCAGGACAUGGAGAGCAACCUCCACCAGCUGUCUACCCCCAUCAGGUACAGGGACUUGCAGUCACGGGGAAGGAUGCACCAGAGCUUCGACCUGGACGGGGGCAUAUCCAGCAGUAAGCUCCCGGGCCAGGAGGGAGCCCGGAUCCAGCCGAUGAGCGAGCGCACCCGCCGGCGGGCAAGCCCGCGGGAUGACGCCCGCCGCUUUCGGCCCCACCGCUCCCGGCGCUCCCGGCGCUCCCGUUCUGACAACGCCCUCCACCUGGCUAGUGAGAGGGAGGCCAUCUGCCGAUUGAAAGAGCGGCCCCCGCUGCGAGCCCGGGAGGACUAUGACCAGUUCAUGCAUCAGAGGAGCUACAGGGAGAGCCUGGAGCAGGGCUCCCGCCGGGAACUCUACGGCCAGUGCCCGCGGACUGUCUCCGACCUGGCUCUGCAGAAUGCCUUUGGGGAACGCUGGGGACCCUACUUUGCCGAGUACGACUGGUGCUCCACCUGCUCCUCCUCUUCCGAAUCCGACAACGAGGGCUAUUUCCUGGGAGAGCCGAUCCCCCAGCCGGCCCGCCUCCGGUACGUCACCAGCGAAGAGCUGUUGCACAAGUACGGGUCCUACGGCGUCCCCAAGUCCUCCACGUUGGGGGGCAGAGGACAGUUGCACAGCCGGAAAAGACAAAAGAGCAAAAACUGUAUCAUAUCCUAAUGUCCAUCCCGGGGCAGGCGGGAGCUGAGAAUGUAAAUCCAGACACUUGCACUGUUUUCGAAUCUAAAGCGCUUUUCCCUUGUUUGUCACUAAAGGCCCUGACAACCGAGAUGGAGGCAAGGUUAGGGAUUGGCUUCUAGAAACAGUCACCGUUCUUGGCAUGGUGAAUAUUUUUUUUUUUUGCACAUCUCACUUUGGAAACACUUUGGACUGUCCCUUUGUCUGAGUGGUUGUGUUCCUUUCCCAGAGCGGCCUCCUUUCUCUCCGGUUCUGUGUUCAGUUACCACACUUUAGCAAAUUAUUUACUACCGGCUUCUCUUACUCUCUCAUUUUUUUUUCCAGUAAGUGAUUUGUUUAUCAGCCAGUACCCAAGACUAAGUUAUUUACAUGUCCAUUGUAAAUGCAAUGUAAAUGAGAGUUCUGAUAAAAAUAUUUUUGUAUUUUGUAAUAUCAGAGGAAUUUCUAUAUCGUAGGACUCAGUGGGAAAUUGCAUGAACAGCCAGCAUUGUUAAGUAGAAUUAAAAGAUGGUUUCGUGCCAUCAGGUUUUUUCUUUCCCUUUUUAGAUUUCUAUAUAAAAUUUGUUAUAUAUCAGUGAGACAUUUUUUCAAAGGAGUAUAUACAUAUAUUGUGUGCGUGUGUAUAUACACAUACAUACAUACAUACAUGCAUACAUGCAGUUUGGCUCUCUGUGGCUGGAAAAUAAAAACCACAAAUACAACACUAUAGAUACACAAAGCAUCUGAUGCUUCAUUCCAUCUAAAGGAGCCUACAGGGUUUAUUUGCCGAAGUCUGCUCACACCCUCAGUAGAAGUUGCUUUCUAUCCAGCCAUAAUCGUUUUGGAAAAUUCCAAUUGUAACUUUCACCCAUUUGAGAAGCUAGCCAGUGUCAGUGAAAUCCAAUGAGAAACGCCAUCUCCAUUGGGGACAUUGAGGUUGCUUCACGUUGAUCUAUUCCUUGGGGAAUUUUUUUAAGUGUCCGUGGUUCCAUUGUGUGGUGUCUGCAUGGCCCUGUUCUGAGUGCGGUGCUGUCGUUUCCUGGAUUAUGUUAUCUGCUUUCCUUGACCAAGACAGAGGGAGGACCAUCAUCUUAAACAGACAACCCAGUAGCCUUAAAGCAAGUGGAUUAGAAGUUUGGGAGCUCAAGGGAAAAGGACAUUUUAGCAGGUGGGACACCGUUGGAGGUGAUUUGUUCUCUGUGGGUUGUUUCCUCAAAGGGCAAGGUAAAUUGUAAACAGGGAACCGGUCAAAGGUAGAGACUUCGUGGAAGUUAGAGAGAACAGAAAAGGAGACAAAUGUUUUGCCAACUGGCUGAGCUUUGAUUGGGAAUUCUGUUGCCCUUGUCUCUCUCUGUUUGGAUGUGGAAAUUUAAGUGUACCUCCCAGAAAAAGUGCCCAGUUGAGGAAAUCUUCAGUAGUCACGGUAUCUCGGUCACCUCAACAGGUCAAGAUGACUGGGGUUGGCAAAGAAAGCCUAUUAAUCCCAUUGGCUAUAAGAGGAGAAACCACUGAGAAGGAAGAUUUCCGCAUGAAAGGUUGAGGUCAUUUACUUAAAAGAAGACACUUUGGGCUUGUGUUGUCUACCUUAAAGCUAAUUUUCCUACUUGGAUUCUAUUUAAAAACAAACCACGGUGAAGCAUCUACAUUGCUUCUCCUCCUUUCUCCUCCUUCAUUGAUAAUGGCAGUUAAGAUAAUCCACCAGAGAACUGGCUUUUAGUGAGACCUACAUUUAAGUGUGUUACACUUUGUAUCUCAUUGGUUACUGGCCUUGGUGAGGAGCACGUGAUGAUUUUCCAGUAUAGUACAUGACUUUUCUUAGUAUUUUCUUUUUAUUAAGAGGAAAUGAUUAGCAGAUUUUCAGAUCCCAUCCUAAAUGGAUCUGGGGGAAGGAAUAUAUAUAUAUGGCACUCAAUGCAGGAUAUAUGAAAAUAAUUUGCUUUUCAGGUAUAAAUAGAACAUUUGUCAUUGUCACUGAUUUAAAAAAAAAAAAAAAGCAAUGCAGAUGUUGGUUGUGGCAGUUUCCCGCAUGCUAUGUUUCAUAUCUAAGCGCUUUGUUAAUUAUCUGAGCCUCUGGAGAAUUAAGUGUUAUGUUUGUAUAAUAAGUUUGUAAACUGCUUGGCAAACUAAUUAAGAAAUAAUGUGCAACCCCACUCUACUAAGUGGAAGGUUUCUGGUAGAAAGACAUGAUGUAUUUGGAAUUUCAGUCUCAUUGAUGGGAAUGAAAAGGAAUUUUGAAAAGGGGAGAAUUGAACUAUUAUAGAGCAGCUGGGAAGCUGUCUCCUAUUUCCCUCAUCCCAGCAAAAAGUUCCUCUCUAUAAAAUUGCUCCCUAACCUCCCUUCAAAGUAUUCUUCCACUACCCUUGCCAAAACAAAGCUUUAUUACUUCGUGUCCAUUGAAGCAGAAAAGUGACCUAGAGAUUUGCAUUUAUUAAUUACUCCAAAAGAACAGGGCAGAAGAAGGAAGAUGUCAUCUCCAUUGACCCCCUUUGUUCUCCCAUUCCCACCUAGAUUCAAUCCUUUUAGCUAAUAGAGGUCCAUGUAGCAGUCAAUUAGCUUAGUCUAUUCUGGGACCAUGGACAACACCCCCAGCUUUAGCAGACCACUUUCCCCAGACAAGCCAUUGAUCACAAGAGGGAGCAAAGUAACAGGGAAAAAUGGGGAAGAAUGCCCAUUAUUUCACGAUUACUAGAAAAACAAAUCAAAGUUUAUGUUCUCUGAAAAACAAGGAAUCCCCAGUAGAUCAGCAGUACAUAUGAAGCCAGCCCAAUAGUAAAUAUUUAGCUACCAUAUACUUGAUUUCCUUAGGCAAUUUCUUUUCUCUGUUAAGUAGGUAAAGAGGGGAGUUUGGGAUCCUUGGUUGAUUCAACAUUUUAAAGAUCUGUAAUUCCAACACUAUGGGAAGUCCAUCUACCAAUACAGUUUGAAGCUCCUCUAUAACUCUCUAGGUAGUCUUUGAGAGAAGGUAUGAAGGUACACUUUCUCCCUUCUUUGAGAAGAGGUUUAGUUGAACCACUUCUUCAUACUCAUGACAGCUUGGUGUAGGACCUUCUGGAAUUUUCACUUCAUGUGUACAUCCUUCAAGAGCUCAGAGUCACUUCCAUGAGCGGAUAACAGAUUGAGGUAGGCCUUCUAUGGAGGUCAGACAUCCUGAUCAUCAUCUCUUUUAUUUUUUUUUAAACCUUUACCUUCUGUCUUAGAAGUAUCCAAGGUUCCAAGGCAGAAGAAUGGUAAAAACUAGGCAUUUGGGGCUAAGUGACUUGCCCAGGAUCAUACAGCUCAGAAGUGUCUGAGACCAGAUUUGAACUCCUGAUCAUAUCUUAUUACCUUAUUAUUGAAGGAUUUGAACCCCUGAUCAUUACUUAUUACCUUAUUAUUGAAGGAACCCUGGCUCUGAGCCCUGUCCUUAGGCUCCUCAUAGGACCUUUUUGUGUUUAAAAGGUCAUUUUCCCAGAUGGAUAAGUUGCAACCUACAAACCUGGAGAGAACAUUCUUAUGAUUAAGAUCAAAGAUUUGUCCAAGGGAAUUCUUCUUGAAGCAUUUCCCCUUGUCUCCUCAACAUCUCUAUGUAUGGGUUGUGUUGAUUCACUCUUGCUUGGUGCUAAACUCUUCUGUCUUACAUGUACUUCAGAUUUAAAAUUAGGCUCCCAUUCUUUUGCAUAUGAAUUUAAUGCAAAAGGAAUUUACCCUAUUCCCACCUCUCUAAAUUUAAGCAGUGAGAGGAUCCCCUGAGCAAUCAUCUGAAUAGUCGUAGCUGUAACUAUGGCUCAAGUUUUUUAAGAAUUGGAGAUCUGCCCAGUUUGAUGAAGAUUUAAAAGUCAAUAUACUUGAAAUAACCAACCAGUCUCUGAAGUCAUGGUAGGAGAGUAAAAUGUAUAUAAUGGAAGCAAACUACUAUGGAAGUGAGGAUAAGAAAUUUUUCAAACAUCUUAACUGUCUCCUUAUCACUCUAGAAGGUCCAUCUUUCCCAUGCAGCAGAACUUACCUUUCCUGAUGGGAUUAGCAUACCCCCUCUGGUUUUGCUUCACAGAAUUUUGGAAUUGGAAGGGAUUCCAGUGACCAUCUUAAUCCAACCUAUAUUCCCAAAAGAAACCCCUCUGAAAGACCCAACAAGAGGUUUUCCAACCUCCACCAGACGACUUCCAAAGAGGGGAAAAUCUCUGCUUCCUGAGGGAGUUAGUUCCAGAAUUGGAUAGCUUUAUAUGGUUAGGAAAUCCUUACCUCAAGCCUAAAUUUUCAACAUCUACCCAUUAUUCCCAUUUUUUUUCUCUGGUGGGGGGCAAAUACGACAAACUUAAAACUCUCUUCCACAUGGCAGCUAUCAUCUUCUGCCCUGAGUCUUCCCAUCUAUACCUAAAUACUUAUAAAUAGCCACUGAAUGUGAAAAUCUGGGGAAAGGGAGGUAUCAGAAUAAUCAUUCUUGGUUCCUGGCCUAUCAGGAGCUGGGAAAAGUGUCUCCUAUUCCCAGUUGCUUAUCUCUAUCUUCUCAUAUCCGCAUCUUUACUCACCCCUAUCGAUCAGCUUAAUGCAUCCUUAUCCUCCUACUCUAAGAUCCAGAAGCAGUUGUCUCUCUUGCUUCAAUGUUCCUGUAAUAGAAUAAAAUAUGCUGAUAAGAUUCCCAGAACCCUCCUGUUCUCUAGCCAAAGCUUUCUGCUUUGGGGGUACUAGUGGCCAUGGUUGAGUUCGUCCAAUUAAGUGCCCUUAACUCAUGAGCUGAAAGUAGUACCAAAGCCACAGAGAUAGGAAUCAGAAGGGAUGGCAUUUUCAAGCUCAACAAGUCCACAGAUUCUAAAGGACCUUGACUUUCUAGGCCAAGCCAUCCAAACCACUUGGAUGCUCUCUUCCUUCCUUGUGUUUAUUGUUGACUUGUACAAAUCAACCUUCACUUGCCCUUUAUUUCCUUUUUAUGAUGAUGCAUUAUGACUCUUCAAAUUCCUUCCUUGAGUAAGAAAAUAAGAUGAGAAAUAAACACCAGGAAGAAAAUUUGCUGUUUGUGUUUUCCCCUCUUUCAGGACCUGAAAAGAAUACUCUCAGUCCCAGAGAAAGGAUGAGUCUCUCCAGGCAGGGUGGAGAAUUGAGACAAUUACUUGGAUAUUGUAAGCUCUCAGAGUUACUGUUGUACCUUAACCUAUGAGUAAGUUGAGGAUGAUAUUUGAAUUUAAGAGAGUCCUUGCCCCCGUGCAACUCAAAAGUAUUGGGAGUCAAUUUCCAAUGGCUUCUUCCUGGGAUGCUUUUAUUCAAACCACCUCAGGUUGAGAACCAACAAGUCAUUGGCCAUUCUUGACAAUCAAUAGGGUCUGGCUAGUCUGGGUGAUUGGAUGAAAGCUAUUAUCCAAGUUAGACAAAUUGGGUUUCUUUUCCAUUUCCUCAUAAAAUUCAAAUUAGUAACUCCAGUCAACAUGAAAAUCCCCCCAAACCUGACAGUUGGGAGCUACAAUGUUUAAUAAAUGUAUUUCCUGCUGACAAAACUAAAUUUCACUGAGCAGGGGUGGGUGGUGGGUGGGAAGGGGAGUGCUUGUAGCGUUAGGAGAAUACUUCUGAGAUUUAGAGGCCAACCCAUAGGAUAGAAUGGUGUUUUGUGACCCAAGGUAGGGAUACAGAGAACUGAUUGGCUGGUUAGGACAUAAAAUGUUGCAUAUGGUCAUUUCUCCUCUUGGAUGUUGGAGGGAAGUCCCUAGAUUUAGAAUUGGGGGACCCAGGUUCUAAUCCUUACUUUGCCGCUUAGAGCAUUGUGUGAUUUUGGAGAAAUCACUUCCCUUUUCUAGCCUCAAGUUCCUCAUCUAUAAUAUGAUGGACUUAAGCUAAAUGACCUUUGAGGGUCCUUCCAACUCUACAUCCGUGAUCCUAAAUACAAACACUGCCACGUGGGCCACCGAUUCGUCUCUCAUUCUUAUCAGGAAAACGAUCACAGAGCAUGCCUAACACUCAAGAAGGUUGGCUUCCUCAGAAAAAUGAAUCCAUUCUCAGCAAAGACCUUUUCCUCCUAUACAUGUGGUUUGUCCUGGCCACCAGGCUCUUUUACGCUAGUCAGCGGGACCCUAGCGACCAGUGCCCCCAGCUCGGUUGUAUUUCAAGGAAUAUAAAGUCUCCAUCUUCUUUAACCAAUUAUGACUUUGGCCUUUUUCCCAUCCUAAAUACACACACAUUCCUUCAUGUUAAAGGAUUGUUUUUCCUCUCUCUCCUACUUUUAUUUCAAGUGCACAAACAAAACCUCAAAGAGACCAAGUAGGUGAAGUGGGCCUGAUUCUGUACUGUCAAGUCAAAGAUUGCCAAGCUCUUUGUUAAAGAAUGUGCAUUGGGCCUUUGGUGCGGGCUGUCUGCCAGAGACCGUUUGAACAUUUUGCUUGAGAUCUGUGCCCUGUAAAAUGGAUAUAACGUUUUACCAAUGUCUGUAAUACAUUUGUAAACUUCCAAUAAAAUUUGAAUCAAACAAA